GCGCGACUGUCCCCUGCAGGGCGGCUGGCGCCUCGUGGACUUCCCUGCCUUUGUCGAAAAGCACGGCCGCUCCUACUCGGCCGGCACGGAGGAGUACAGCAUGCGCCAGGCGGUGUUCGACCGGCGCACGGCGCGGAUCGCGAGUCACAACUGCAACCCGGCAGCGCUCCACACGGCCGAGAUCAACCACCUCACCGAUUGGACCCCGGAGGAGCUCGCCACGCUGAGGGGCCACAGGUCCCGCCGGGCCGCGUCGAGGGCAUCGGAUCUCAGCGGGUCUCCGUUCCUCCUGGCGAAGCGGCGCAAGGGCAAGAAGGACCAGCCCGCCCCGACCGAUUUCUCGUGGGGCCACUUGGCCGCCAUCAAGGCCAACAGCAGCGAGCAGGGCACUUGCGGCAGCUGCUGGGCGCACGCUUCCCGGUUGACAAUGCAGGCCCGAGCGGAGGUCAAAGGGCUGAAGAACAUCGCUUGGUCGACCAACCAGAUCACCUCGUGCACGCCGAACCCGAAGCACUGCGGCGGCGAGGGCGGCUGCGAAGGGGCCACCGCCGAGCUCGCGUAUGAGUACGUGCUGAACAAGGGCCUGCUGCAGCACGGCGAGUUCCGCGCCAUGGCGGGGGACGACCAGCAUGCAAAGUGCCCAGAGUCCCUGAAGGUGUCCACGGAAGUGGCUACCAAAGGUAUCUUCGGCGCCGACGGCAGCGAGACGCACCGCGGCGCGGCGAAAAUGGCUGGAUACGCCAUUGGCCUCACUGGGUGGACGAAGUUGCCCGAGAACAAGGAGGACGCGAUCGUCCGGGAGUUGAUGACCAACGGCCCGUUGUACGUUGCGGUCGCUGCUGGGGAUGGUUGGUUCGACUACAGCACCGGCGUCAUGACGGAGGAAUCUUGCGACAGAGACCAUAUCGUGAAUCACGCGGUGGUUCUCUUCGCCUGGGGCGUCAAGCAGAAGACCAUCCGCGGACCGGUCAAGUACUGGCAGAUCAAGAACUCGUGGGGCCCGCAGUGGGGAGA